UGGUCCUCAGAGACUCUUGUAGACAAAGGGUUGAAAACGGCCCUUAAUUCAGCAUUUAGAAAGAAAAGCUUCUGCUAUUGUGACUCCGACGCUUUCGAUUGGCUGCCGACUGUGGGAAACACCAAGAGAAACAGGCACACGCUCUCUUAUGGUCAGGAGGAUGGAUAAAUAGAGAGGCUGGACCCCUUCCCUCAAGCAGCGUCUCUCCAGCCGAUCCCAGUCCCACUACUAACUGCGGUGCAGUCUGCUCCGAAAGAAUGGCUCCUAAAACCUCCGGUGGCAUCCCAAAGGAACAUCCGGAGGAAAAGGCCACACGAAAGGAAAAGUACAAGUUGAUGAAGCCAAUUAUAGAAAAAAAGCGCCGAGAUCGCAUCAACAGCAGCAUUGGGCAACUCAAGGCUUUAUUGAGGGAAGAAUUUCAGAAUCAGGAACCCAACAUGAAAAUGGAGAAAGCUGACAUCUUGGAGAUGACCGUGAAUUACCUGAGACUUCAUAACCAGAGAAUGUUCACGGUGACCUACAGCAAGACCCUGGCCCAGAAUUUUAAAGAAGGCUAUUCGCGCUGUCUGCAGGAGAUUCAGCAUUUCAGCUUCUCCCCUGAGGGCAAGAAAGGCAUGCAGAACAAACUCGUGAACCAUUUGCACAGGGCUCAGGAGCCGGCUAAGGGCCCGUGUUACCCGCUUCCUCCCAUGCAUCUUCCUGUCUGUCAACCGGCCAUCAAGCAAGAACUGAAACCCAGCGUUACAACGCUCUGGAGGCCCUGGUAGGAUAGAGGUGAAAGAUCCCUGGACUUUUGCAAUAAGCAAGGAAGGGAAAGUUACACGCAUGAAACGCUAGAGUUGUACCCUGGCGUGAAAUAGUAUUCCACAAUGGAAGAACUGUCAUUAAUGCUCUUCGUUCAAGAAAAUUGGAAUUAUUUUAAUAUAUGAACUAUUUUCAUUUAAUUUUAAAAUGUGACCUUCAGGGUAUGAAGUAUUCUGCAACAUUUGUAGGUGACUAUUAUCAUACCUAAGCUGGCAGCUAACUCGGUCAUUGUGCUGACUUUUACAUGUAGGCAGUGCUGUCUGAGCUGUUCUUUUAUAAAGGAAUGUCAGUGAUAUGUUGAGUAGUCUUCUUACUGAGGACUGUCUGUAUCUUUUUAAAAGGAUGUGCCUUGAGCGUAUGCUUAUAUAUCAGUAUGCAGACGAUUGUCGUAGAGUGCCUUGCAUUAUAGUGAGUUUUUCAAUAUUUAGAGAUAAAUCGAUUCAAUUUUACCUUGUGUAUCGUCGGUGGCAAGUAUUUCGUUCUGUUCCGUUUCAUAAUGUUCUCUGUAUAUAACAGGAAUUCACUGCUUGUAUUAUCUCCUGCAUAUUAAUACAAAUUCUUCCUUGGCUACUAUCUAAAUGCCCCUGCAUUGUAGCAAUGCUGAAUCUGAAUCAAGCCUCACCCUUAAUCCCAGAUUUCACUAUAUAUUGCAUUGUAACAAUGCUGACCGAAAUAUACUCCUAAUUAGGUGUAAAUAAGUCCGAUCUGUACUAAUGGUGAAUCCGUGCACAAGUUAUAAUCACAA